CUGCGGGAUGGGGGAUCCCUCUGAGCACCGGGGGCGGCUUGAGGCGCCAGGGCUGCGGUGCUGGGGCGUCCCGAGCUGCCCCGAGAGUCCGCGGCAGGAGCGCUCCGGUUGGGGGGUCCGCUAUGGCGGCGCGGGCAGCGGGGUCUGGAAUCUUCCCCCCUUGAACGGGGGGCACCGCCCGGAGUGUUCCGGCCGUGGGAUAUUCACUGUAGGAAGCAGGAUCCCAUUCCGGGGGGGCGCUGGCUGUGGGGGCCUUCGUUUUAAGUUCCUGUCCUGAAUCCUAAAUUAAUUUGUAGCGUAAAUUAAUUGCGCGGCCCUGUCCCGGUGCCAUGCCCGGGGCGGCGGGCAGCGCCAGCCUGGCCCCCGAGGAGCGCGUGCGGCGGCUGAUCCGGGCGGGCAGCAGCGUGCAGGUCAGCGAGGACGUGCCCCCGCGCCGCUACUUCCGCUCGGGCGUCGAGAUGCUGCGCAUGGCCACGGUCUACUGCCAGGAGGGCAACCUGGAGCACGCCUUCAUCCUCUACCACAAGUACAUCACGCUCUUCAUCGAGAAGCUGCCGCAGCACCGCGAUUACAAGAGCGCCGUCAUCCCUGAGAAGAGGGAGACGGUCAAAAAACUGAAGGAGGUAGCCUUUCCCCGAGCCGAAGAGCUCAAGGAGGAGCUGCUAAAGAGGUACGCCCAGGACUAUGCUAAGUACAAGGAGCAGGAGCAGCAGCUGGAGGAGGAGAAGACUCGGGUGGCCCUGAUGAAGCAGCAGCAGGCAGAGCAGGAGCAGUUCCACGCCUUCGAGGAGAUGAUCCGGCAGCAGGAGCUGGAGAAGGAGCGCCUCAGGAUAGUGCAGGAGUUUGGGAAGCCAGAGCCAGAGUCUAUGGAUGGACCCCUCAUCCCUGGCGUGGAAAAGCCCCCAACAGAUUUAACCCCAAAGGUUCCAGUCUCUCCAGUUCACCCAGCAAGCCCAUCAGCGGGGACUGUGCCCUCCAAACCUCCUGUUGUGGACAGAUCUUUGAAGCCCAGUGCUUUGGGGAGCACAGAGAACAGUGCAGGCGUGGAUGUCCUGCGGCAGGUCAUUGUCCCCAGGGAGCUGUGCCACAAGUUCCUGCAGCUGGCUGAUGCCAACACGGUGCGGGGCGUGGAGACCUGCGGGAUCCUCUGCGGGAAGCUGAUGAGGAACGAGUUCACCAUCAGCCACGUCAUCGUCCCCAAGCAGCUGGGGGGCCCCGACUCCUGCACCACGGAGAGCGAGGAGGAGCUCUUUGUCAUCCAGGACCAGCAUGGCCUCGUCACCCUGGGCUGGAUCCACACCCACCCCACCCAGACAGCCUUCCUGUCCAGCGUGGACCUGCACACCCACUGCUCCUACCAGAUGAUGCUGCCAGAGUCCAUCGCCAUCGUGUGCUCCCCCAAGUACCAGGAACCUGCAACCACGUGUCAGUGGUGGAGAGAGACGUGGUGCUGCUGGAUCUGCGAUAAGCCUCUUGCCUUGUCCCCUCUCAGGAGCCCCCCACCUUCCUCUAGGCCUAGGGAAUCUGUUUUCCCCUCCUGUAGCAGACGAUUUCUACCACGUAGUGAUCCUCCCUUCCUCCCCCACGGUGCAGUCAGAUCCCUGCCCUCAGUGGGAGCCCUGGAACCUCAGUGCCUGGCUCCAGGUGUGGGGAGAAGCCAGCUGGGAGCUCAGAGACAGAAGCCAACACUAAAGCAGUUGUUUAACUCUAACCCACGGCCUCCUGGGGAGGUUCUUUGUGACUUGCUGCAACCCUGAGGUGUGGGAACCUCUUCAAGUGCUUUUGGGACUUGCCCACUUUAACCCAUGCCCUGUUCUGUCCCUCAUUCCGGGCUGCUCGGUCUCAGCACAGCUUCCAGGAGCAGAUAAACCUUUCCUGUGGUUUAAACCCAAACC